AAUAUUUCAUAUAUUUCCAUAAGGUAUAAUUCAGGACCCAUAUAUUAUUAUUCCAUGCCUAACGACGCGAUAAUCUAUUCUGGUCCCUACGAAUUGGGACGCCUUCGCCGGCGUCGGGAUAUGCGGGUGGCGGAGUACCUCUACAGGCGUUCCAUCCGCACCCGUAAUGCGGAUCCCGAGAUGACCGUGUGCCGCUUUAUCAAGCUGCUCCUAUACUUCAUCGGAUUCUUUUUCGCUCUGGGCGUAUUCACGACCGGAUUGGCCCUCGUGAUGAUUGCGAAUCAUAUAUAUCCGGAUAGGCCGGGAUGCAAAAAGUUCCCCGGACUAGCAACCGCGCCCGGACACCAUGUGGGCGAUCAGAAGCAAAUUAUGUGGAGCCCUAAUAACAUUAAGGAUGUGGCUAACAUACGACGCGCGAUAAUGCGAGCGGUGGACCGAUACGGUCUCGAAGGACCAAAGCGCCUGAUGGGCUGUAGCGAGGACAAGAGCUGGGGCUAUAUGUCCGGCACGCCGUGCAUUCUAAUAAAGAUCACUCAGGCACUGGGCUUCCAGGCGGUCACCUACGAUGACGCCCUAACGCUGCCCGACUACGCUCCGGAUGAGCUGUUCGACUAUGUGGUGGGCCUGGGCACGGAGGAGCGCUUCAACCGCAUCUGGGUGUCCUGCCAGGUUAUUAAGCCGAGAGUGGACAUUCAGUUCGACUACCAUCCGGUUCGCUUCUUCGAUGCCGAAGAGCUCUUCACCUCCGGCAAUGUCUUCCUCAACGAGUCCACGGACGACGACGGACCUACUUACAAGGAGGAUCCCCGCCUCAGGCGCAUCAUCAGUGUUCGGCUGAGCAACAUUCCGAUCAACCAGGACAUCCAAAUCCACUGCAAGGCGUGGGCUAAGAACAUCCCACUCCAUAUGGUAACGGUCAAGAUGCUGGUGCGUCUGACGGCACCAGUUCAUCCAACCACUCCAUUGGUGCUGGACGAGUGGUACGAGUGAGAUCAGCUAGCUCAGCUGGAUUUCAUUUAAUGUAUAAUA